AUGAACACGAUGGAUACAUGGAUGAAAGAGCCGCUGCGCGCACGGGGGCUGGGGUUGGCGCAGAGCGUGGGCCAAGGGAUGGAUGUGGGUGCGGGUUUGCAGAAUAUGGCAUGUACUUUGAACCUGUGCCAGCACGCUACCGGUAGAGGGGGGAAUGACGUCGGGUUGGCGGUGCUUGGCGUCGCAGAAGACAUGUUCGGGGUAGUGGCAAUACCGGAGAUGUUGUCUUCACGCGCCAGCAACACUGAGGUGGACCUCGACACGAGCAAAAUCAAGGAAUGGAAGUCGAUAAUUACUCUAAUCGUUUUCGUCUUGACGAUCUUCCUUUCAGACAUCAACGUUCUAUUCCCUUUUCACAUACCCUUCUAUAUCCCGAGAGUACUGUGGAACGGCCUCCUCAACACCCUGAGCGCCAUGCGGAUCGUUGCAUCACCGCGCCAUCCAAACCAUAUGUCUGGUGGGAAAGCUAGAACAUUCGUGCGUCUGGACUUCCCGAUGAACUUCAUCACCGCGCCUCUCAUUGCUGAUCUAUUUCUCCUCGCAACCACUGCUAUUGGCGCCAAAGAGGUAAGGGGUGGCAUCAUAGGCGAUCAAGGCAUCGUCCCCUACGACAUCAUGCUUUUCUUCCUCUCGUUGGCCUACAUUGCCAUCUCCGUGGACGCAUCUGGUCUCAUUCGCUGGCUUGCAUUCAAAGUGCUGCAAAAAGGAGGCAAAGUCGGUCGCAGACUUUACUUCUACCUGUAUGCCUUCUUCUUCGGCCUCACUGCUCUUAUUGGAAAUGAUCCGAUUAUCCUGUCUGGGACUGCGUUCCUCUCGUACAUGACACGUGUGUCAAGCAACAUCCGUCACCCAAGAGCCUGGAUUUAUACCCAGUUCGCCAUGGCAAACAUUGCAUCUGCUAUCUUGGUCUCAUCGAAUCCGACCAAUCUCGUUCUCGCUGGUGCAUUCGGAAUCACAUUCAUCAAGUACACCGCUAAUGUGAUUGUUCCCGUCAUCGCUACUGGCAUCGUACUCUACCCCUUCUUACUCUACAUACUGUUUCGCGAUGAAUCGCUCAUUCCCACAUCCAUAGAAAUGGAAGACCUCCCCGAAGAACUCAAAAGCAGAAAACCCGUCAACCCCAAUAUUCCCUUUUCCAAGGCCGAACUGGAGAUAGUCGGCAACGACUUAGGCAACGACGAAGAGGAGAAGCAACUCUCGCUAGAAGAAAUUCUGAAUCCCUUUCUGGAUCGAAAAGGUGCAAUCUUCGGUGCAGCGCUCAUGGCAGCCACCUUGGUCACUGUCUUGGCCCUCAAUGCUACUUCAGGCGGAACACACGAACGACCCGUAUACUGGGUCACCGUACCUGCAGCAGUCGUCAUGUUCCUUUUUGACCUCGGAAUGGGCUGGAUAUCCCGAGAAGAGACACGCAAAAUCGCCAACGAAGGGCGUUACCGCGCCGAAGCCGCACAGGCUGAAAGAUCCCAAUGCAGGAAAUCAGUUGCACAGCUGGACCCCUCUGGUCCUGUUAGGCCCUUGGAGAUGAUUGAGAGGGUCAAAGCAUCAUCCAGCGAUAAUUCUCAAGAGAGCCCAAAGCAAGAGAAGACAGUUAUGGAGGAAGGAAACAUAUCUGCAAACCCUGCUACCUAUCAAACAACCCUCACAUCCUUGACCUCCCACGCCUAUACUUGGGCUCGAAUCACGUUCCCGACUACCAUGACGGUUCUUCACAAUCUCCCCUUUGCCCUCGUUCCCUUUGCAUUCUGCAUGUUCAUCCUCGUCCAAGCCCUCGUGACAAAAGGCUGGGUACCCGUCUUUGCCCAUGGCUGGGACCACUGGGUCGAAAAGACGGGCACAGUUGGUGCGAUUGGCGGCAUGGGCUUUCUUGGUGUGAUCCUCUCCAACUUCGCAGGCACAAACAUCGGCACCACGAUCCUCCUCUCCCGCGUCAUCCAAACCUGGCAAGCCCUGCACGCCCUCCCGUCCUCCUCACGGCCCCCCAUCUCCGACCGCACCUUCUGGGCCACAGUCUAUAGCAUGGCGCUAGGCGUCAACUACGGUGCCUUUAGCCUUGCCUUCAGCGCCUCGCUGGCUGGCAUGCUAUGGCGCGAUAUUCUCGCGCGCAGGGGCAUACGAGUGCCAGGCGGAGAGUUUGCGAGGGUGAAUGCGCCGAUUGUGGGGGUGGCGAUGGUGGUCGGGUGUACGGUGUUGUUGGGGCAGGUUUACAUUGUUAGGGGCACUGGGCCGUAUGAUGGGUGA